GAUUUCGUUCUGCUGGUUUCUUUUCCCCACCAACUGUGCAGCCAACGGUUCAGCGCUGAGUCGUCUACUAGCUUUCUGUGAUCCUCUCGUUUUGCAACGUAGGAUCAGUCCUCUCGUUUAACAACCACGCCUUGUCAGGUUAUUUUCGUUCUUUCAUCUCACUUUCGACCCGCCACAACCUAAAAAAGAAAUCAAAAACAUAUAAUGCAGACCAUUGAUAACGCAAAAGAUGAUAUUGCCGCACAGCUCCGCUUCGAAUCCUUCAAACUAGGCAAGCCCUUGCCAACAUCUAUGACCUUGAACCACCAACACAAACACUCUCGUUCCCACUCUCGCAAUGGUUCAGUUUCAUCUGUUGCUUCUUUACCUCUCACCGCUUCUAAAUCCACGAACUCGUAUGACUUUGCUGUUCUUCCAACGACCAACUCCAUGCCCGUCCUUUCUUCCAAGCGGAAUUCCCACCAUCGGCGACGGUCCUCCGUUUCCACCCGCCACGAAUCCGCUGAUAUCAUGGGUCUUCCAGAACUACCUGCGUCUUCGUCCGAGGACAAUGUCAUCGAAAAGGACUAUGUACGUCGCCGCGCGCUGUGGGCUCUCGAAGGGAAACAGAAUGAUGCUUCCUUCUCCAAGGUUGAAAUCCCUGAACUAUCGAGUUCCGAAGUUGAAAAGAAGAUGUUUGACUUUUCCUCUAAGUCGUUUUCGACUCCAUCAAAUUCCGGAUAUGGUAAACGGGAAUCUUUCAAGCCCUCUUCAUCGAAAGAUCAGCUUCAUACCUUAGUUGAAGAAGAAGAGGAGGAAGAGGAUUGGGAUUUUCAAAAAUCGUCUCCUCGGAAACUUCCUGUCAGUGCAGUGUCACUAAGUAACGAUGACAAGCUACCAACUACGCCCGUUACUCCCGACGAUGCUUUUGCGAAGCAAACAGCCUCACGUCCCAGACCAGCCACUCUUACUUUACGACCUCUCUCACUCACUGCCGGCGGCUUACCUACACCAUCUCUAACUCCCAGUGUUCGACCAGGUUUAAGGUCUUUGUCACUGGUACCUAACGAUGAGCAAACUACGCGCAACUCGUUCAAUGAUGUUUCUCCGACUCCAUAUCUCCGCGCUCGUCCAGCGAAUUUGCAAAUUUCUACUUCACGUGGAUCUGUGGAUGAGACAUCUUGUGCUAUUCCCAUCCGCCGUAGCAGUAUCUCCUACAAGUCAUCCGCCGCCGCCGCUGGCCUACCUACACCUGAGAUGACUCCCACUUUUUCAGAGCGUCGAUACAGCCAUAACAGCUUAGGCAGCAACACUAGUGUUAGCGGUAUAAGUAACGACGAGGAUUUUCUCCAGUCAAAUGCUUCCUACAGCCGCCAUAGACCGCUAAGCGCAAGCGAACAACAUUUUUUAUUCAAAUCCCACAAUGCGCUGUUGUCUCGAAUACAGGACUUAGAGAAAGCUCUGAUCGUACGGCGCACGUCUGUGUCGUCUGUCCCAGGCUCGCGACCUCUUUCAUCUUCCUUUUCAGUCACUGAUUCUGAAGACAUGUCCAUCUCUUCAGAACCUAGUGACGAGAUGCUUAGGCUUGUUGCUGAUCUCAAAGCAGAACGGGAUGAGCUGAAAAGGGAUGUUGAUGGUUGGAGAGUAAGGGUUGGAGACCUGGAAAAGCAGAUUGGUCUCCUCGGCAAGCGAGUGGAAGGUGAACGCCGAGAGGCGUGGGUCGCGCGCUCUCGUACCAAUCUCCUUGAAGCAGAGAAGAACACCUUUGAGAAAGAAUACGGACAGGCCAAGGAAGAGAUGGCAAGAAUGGAGGAGGAGAAAAAUAAGGAGAUUGCUCAGUUAACGGCACAAGUCCGCACUCUUGAGGCAGACAAACAGCGUACCAUACAGGACAAUGCUCAUUUGUCGGGGGAGUGCGAAUAUUGGAAGGUGGAAGCGGCGAGGUUCAGCAAAAUGAGAAAGGAUGAGAUGCUGAUUUCCACCGUACGAUCCACUUAUGAUACCGAGCAUGCUCCUAGCGCUUGGCGCCGGGGUCUGCACUACGACUCGGUUGAUUCGUUGGAAAGUUCAACUGAUGUGGACUUCGGGUCGUUUGAUAGUGAUCAUGGCUUCGGAUUUUCGCUCAAAGCUGUCGCUGAAGAGAAUGAAGGGGACCUCGAUGUUCAUGGUUCGCAAAUUCCUGAAGAGGACGUCGAGGCGGAUUACUUAUCGGACGAAGAAGACAACGGGUUAGCUGGAUAUGAAGAUGAAGAAGAGGAAGAUUUUACUUUUCAAUCUUCUGGUUCUUCGUCAUCAUUUGGUUCUAUCCAUGAAAUUUCCAAGCCUCGUUCGGCGACUCGUCUCCAGAUGGACGUACUAAUGCCAUCCUCGCCUGCCAUUCGCGCUUCGACCCUUUCUUCAGGAUCCGGCAGUAAUACACCCUCUACACUUACUCCUGGCUCUCGUUCACUGUCAUCUUCUCCUGUGCCUUCUGUUGCGAGUAAUAUGGAUGCGUUAAAAUCCACUCGUGUGCAAGCUACUGUGGUUCCUGUGCACCGUUCAGUUGGGUCUUUAUCCAAGACAUGGACGUUCCCAAGAGCCCAAAGUGCUUCCACUUCUCACGACCCUAGAAAUGAUGUAGACAAGUUCUUCGAUUGUCUUGAAGACUCUGAAACGGAUUCCACUGGAUCUCGGUCCCCAGUUUCUCCCUCGAUAUACACCUACGAGCACAAUAAGGGAUUGUUUGCCAAGGGCUUAGAGGCAUUUGAUGACAACGAGGCUAUGCCGUUUGCCCUUCCUUCAAAUAUCAUCAGCAUGGUAGUGGAGGAGCAGGAUUCUCCCCGAUCUCUGCCCGUCGUUAUCGAAGAAGAAGAGGUAGAAGACGACGACGAGCAAACCAGGGUUGACGACGACGACGACAUGCUUGGUGAUAAUGCUGGAAUUAAGAUUACCUUAACUCCUGCAGCAGAGGAUGACAACGACGAAUACCUAUCUUCUCAUAUCGAGGAUUCUGAUGAAGAAGAAACUGAUGCAGAUGAGGAGAACGAUGAGAUCGCGCAACAGGAUCGUACCGUCAAUGUUCAUGACACGGAAACUCAUCCCCGCUUCAAAUCUACUCGAAAACCCGUACCUGUUUUUGAAGAGUUUGACGAAGGGAAUGAUGAUGAUGACGUCCCUUUUAACUUCGGGCAACCACUUCGUUCUUCUACACCUCCGCAUACCUUAGCAAUGACAACUCCUCCGCGUUCUAGCGUUCGGAUCUCUUCUCCAUCGCCAUCAUCCAUUCCCCGCCCAACCUCGUCAUUCAAUACCUCUACUUCAUCUCCAAAUAUUCUUGAAUCAUCACCAACAAUCACUCUAUCAAAACUACCUGUCCGUCCAACAUCGUCGUUUGUCACUCCGCCAACUAAGCGCGGAGGAGCUAUGUCCUCGUUCAUACCACUGCCUAUCACCUCUUCUUCCCCUAGCCCGAUGCGCAAACAACCAUCAGUUCGAGAGAAGCCUCUGGUCGCUAGCUUUAUCCGGCAGCCGGUACGAAGACCUUUGAUGGCCGCCAACAGCAGUACCAGUUCUACGUCGAGAGCUGGGCAUAACGAUUCAAACGGUUCGGCUAUUCAAUCCUCCUUCAACUUUGUCAAUUCUAGCUUUGGUGGAGCUGUAGUGACAAACGAUCCUCCUCGUUUUUCUCUUAACAGCCCAAGCUUUUCGUCCAGUCAAUCGUAUUCCGGUUCUUUCCAAACAGACAUAGAUGGCCUGAACGGCUUUGCCCCCAUUUCUACUUUGGUCUCCACAUCUACAGCCACAAAUUUUGUUCAGCCUAUCUCUACCGACGAACAAACACUCCAGUCUUCAUUUUCUUCUCCCUCUUUAUCAUCCAUCAUGUCAUCUCCAAAACUAUCCUUCCAGGUCCUCGCCGGCUUCAUUCCACGGCCGUGGAAUGCACAAACUUCUGUAUUGAAUGUCGAUCAGGAUGAUGCAAUACAGAGAGGCGACUUAUUCACAACACCAGCGGGCGCCAAGUUCAAAUCAUACGUUUCGAAGCAGAAGCAGUUGGAGCGAUUAAGAUUAAGGUUGCAGCACGAGAGUUCGCCUCCACAACAUUUAUCUAAUGAUGUGUGCCAAAAGUGCGAUGGUGCCGUUGUCUAUCUUUGA